GUUCGAGGACAUGGAGAGGCCGCGUUGCUACUCUCCGCUUGCCCUGCACCUCCUCCUCUGCCUCUUCUCGCUCCGCGCCUGUUCCGCCGCGUCCAUCACAGCCGGCACCCCCGACGAGUCGGAGCUGUGGGGGUACGUCGAGGUCCGGCCAAAGGCGCACCUGUUCUGGUGGUACUACAAGAGCCCGCAGAAGACGUCGACGCCGUCCAAGCCAUGGCCCACGGUCCUCUGGCUGCAGGGCGGCCCGGGCGCGUCCGGGGUCGGGCUCGGCAACUUCCUGGAGAUGGGGCCGCUGGACGUGGACCUGAAGCCGCGCAACUCGACGUGGCUCCACAAGGCCGACCUCAUCUUUGUGGACAACCCGGUCGGCACAGGGUACAGCUACGUGGAGGACGACAGCCUGUUCGUGACCAGCGACUGGCAGCAGGCCGCGGACAUGACGACGGUGGUCAGGGCGCUGGCGAAGGAGGUGCCCACCCUGGCGAGCAGCCCGCUGUUCCUGGUCGCCGAGUCCUACGGCGGCAAGUACGCCGCCACGCUCGGCGCGUCCAUUGCCAGGGCCGUCCGCGCUGGCGAGCUCAACGUCACGCUCGGAGGUGUGGCGGUUGGAGAUAGCUGGAUCUCGCCGGAGGAUUUCACGCUUUCCUACACACCGCUGCUUCUGAGCGUGUCGAGGCUGGACGACAACGCCGGCGACGAAGCAAACAAGAAGGCGGAGACGGUGAAGGAGCAAAUCGUGGCGGGGCAGUGGGCCGCCUCGCAGAAGUCAUGGGGCAGCCUGCUAGAUUUCAUCGACACAAAGAGCGGCAACGUCGACGUUUACAAUUUCAUGCUCGACUCCGGCAUGGACCCGGUGGCACUGCCCGUGGGUUCUUCAUCACUGAUGAGCAGCUUGCAGGCGAUGAAGUACUCGACGUACGGCCAGGACUCCCAGCCUGGCUCCAACACCAUUGACGGCAUCAUGAAUGGGGUCAUCAAGCAAAAGCUCAAGAUAAUCCCCAAGAACUUCACGUGGGGGGAGCAAUCCGACUCGGUCUACAACGCGCUGGUCAACGAUUUCAUGAAACCGAAGAUCGAUGAGAUUGAUGAGCUGCUGUCUUAUGGCAUUAAUGUGACGGUGUACAAUGGCCAGCUCGACGUAAUCUGCUCGACCAACGGAGCAGAAGCAUGGGUUCAGAAGCUCAAAUGGGAUGGUCUGAGGACCUUCCUGAGCCUGCCAAGGCAGCCCCUCUACUGUGGCGCCAGCAAGGGUACCAAGGCCUUUGUCAGGUCCCACAAGAACCUGCAUUUCUACUGGAUACUUGGAGCAGGGCACUAUGUGCCUGCAGACCAGCCCUGCAUCGCGCUAAGCAUGAUCAGCAGCAUAACCCAGUCGCCAGCAAGCUAGUUCACUGACUCUAUGUGGUGUAUGCCAAGAACAAAGGAGGCGUUGAAGCAGGUAGCGCAAGGUCCCGGAGGACCAUUCGGCGUUCUUGAAGUGCGGUAUAGGUUGGAUACCUGAAAGACGAUGCAGUUGACAAGGACAUUUUUUUUACAGAAAAAGAUCCGAUAAAAACAUAUAUGAUCUACGUAUUACAAAAUAUUGUAAAGAGGCCGGAACUUGUUUUUUUAAUAAUAGAAAUGUAUCUGGCUUCAUCCUGGUCC